AAAUCAAGGUCACUUGGCAACACCCAGCUGCUGAGGAUUUAGGUCAGACUCCCUCGGGUUCGAGGAGGAUCCAAGGCGACUCCAGACACAGACAAGCACAGACCAUGGGCACCCUACAGGAAAUGUGCAAAAAUAAAGUAUUCCCAAGAUGGAAUUCUGGGGGGAAAAACACCUGCCUCGAGUCCUACAUUUACCUAAGACCUGACACUCUCAAAAUGAUGAGUAACCAUGUCAACGAUUUGAGCAAAAUCAGGGCUAAUGAGGACUUCAGACUGACUUUCAUGUUCGGAAAUGAAGAAAAGUUUCUUAAGUUCAUUGACGUCCUCAGUGAACAAAAAACCAAGAUCCUGGGAUCCCUGGCACAGAUGGAAGCGUGUGCAGUACAGCUCGACAAGAUGAAGAAGGGGGCGAAUAUCUCCAGUGUUGUUGGCAGCACUGUGGGGGUGGGUGGUGGGGUGGUGUCCAUAGUUGGGCUGGCCUUGGCCCCAGUGACACUGGGGGCAUCCACCAUACUCACUCUGGUUGGAGGGGUAUUGGGAGCUGUUAGUGGUGCAAACAGACUAACUACAGGCAUCACUGAAGAAGCAAUUAAUGCUCGGGAGAAACAGAAGUUCACUGAAAUAUAUCAGAAGGUUUUGGGGGAUUUGGAGCCCAUAUAUAAAUGUCUAGCCCAAGUGAUUAUCAUUAAAGAUCCAUCAGUGGAGAAUGACUGUGACGGUGGCACUGUUGGCAGUGUUUGUAGGACCGUUGACAUUGCUGUGGAUUGUGGCAGAAGGAUUAAAUUGACUGUUGCCAAAGCAGCCCCCACUGCCUUCUCCAUGCCUUCCAGGGCAGCUUUUAUUGCUGGUAAUUCUGCAUUGAUUGGGCUGGACCUCUUUUCCAUUGUAAACAAUAGCAUCAGCCUGGCCAAUGGGAGCAAGAGUGAUGUUUCCAAAGCCAUCCAAGGGCACGUGGAUUUUUGGAAGAUCCAUUUGGAUGCGUGGGAGCGGAUCUGUGACUCCCUGCAUAGAGGCAAACAGGAUUUCCAGAAGAGUAAGACCAUUCUGGGGAAGCCAUUUUACCCAAAGCUGUAGACCAUUGAGAAAGUGCAGCUCAACAGGAGGUUUAUAACUGUCUAAGGCAGGGGUCUCCAACUCCGGUCCUGGAGAGCUACUAUCCAGUAGGUUUU